AUGUUUCUGGAAUCUGAAACCUUAGACGCAAUUCCCCGGAGUAACAAUCCGAGAAUUGUUGAGCCUCACUAUGAAUCCAGAGGAAUAACGAAGCCAUCUACUUCUCUAAGAAAGCUUAUCAAGAGUCUCGACCUAAGUAAGCAUCCAGAAGGAGGAUAUUUUAAGCAGACUGAUAAGUCUCCUUUGAUUAUGGAGAAUCCUUAUUAUCCUGGUGAUAACAGUGGUGUUAGCACGGACAUAGAAACCGGAGAUAAGAAACCUUUGAGUCCUACGAGAAGUUUCUCCACACUAAUUCACUAUCUAAUCACAUGUGACGCACCUCUUGGCAGAUUCCAUAAGAAUAAGUCCCGGAUCAUUCAUAUAUUACAGAGAGGCCGGGGUCAAUACGUUUUAAUAUAUCCAGAUGGACGAAUAAAAACAUUUAUAGUUGGUUUCGAUACAGAAAAAGGAGAAGUUGAUCAGUGGGUAGUCCCCGGUGGAGUUUAUAAGGCUUCCUUUUUGCUUCCUAAAGACCCGAUCAAAGGAGAAAGUGACGAAGAUCAUUUACUGAUCAGCGAGGUUGUUGUCCCUGGUUUUGAGUUCGAGGACCAUAAGUUCAUGCCGAAUGAAGAGUGUUUGAAAAGAUUAGUUAAAGAUGAAAGGAAAGCAGAGGAGAUGAGAUGGCUAUUAGGUGUCAUGCGAUAG